UGGUGGUGUGACUGACGCAGGCGACCAACGCAGGCAAAGGGUGUGAGUCGCUUCCUGCCAGAACGUCACCAUCUCCAGUCACCCUUUACACUGGCACUGGCACUUUACUUCUGCCACCUGUUCACUAAUAUAUAAUGUCUAAUCCUAAUCUGGGAUAUCAAAGUGGAUAAUUUUGUUGGAGUAAUACAGCACCUUUGAAGAUCAAAAGCCUCACUUUUAGGAAACUUGGAAAAUUUGUAAGUGUUCAAGAUACACAAGCUGAAAAAAGUACGAAGUGCUAAAGGUUACUUACUUCAAUAGAAUCAUAAACUGACCUCCACCUUGAUCAGUGGUACUGUGGCGUUUCUGUACAUAGAGUGUGUACGUGAGAGUUUGGCUGUUGAUGGCUACUCAGAAGGCCUGCCAUAAUUAUAGAUGAUGAAUUAAUUUGCUCUUUAAAAUCCAUCUGUUUCCUCUGGUAUGGAAGAUUUCAAGAAUUCGCGUCAGAAAAGUUCUAGGGGAAUGAGUUUUGAUGAAGAUCCUGAAAUUCAGACAGGAGAUGAAGGCCUCGAUGGAGACCAAGAUAUCUCAAUGCUUUCCCGAAAACAGUCAAACACAGGAUCUUUUGAUAAUGGAAUUCCUAGCAUUCAGAUUUACGAUGCAAGUGAUGACGAUGGAAGGAAGAAUCGUCCAGAGUCAGUCAUGAGAAGAAAAUCUAGUACAGGGUCCGUGAAAAGAAAUGAAAAUGAUGAGUAUGUGGAGCAGCCAUGGUGGCGGAAGUCCUCUAUACCUGACACCAGUAAUCAAGUACUGGACCAGAAGGAGCCGAAGCAGGAAGAUGAUUCUUCAGCUGGAUAUCUACUUCCUGACCUUGAGGAAUACAUGAAUACACCAAGGCGAAGUUCAAAGGGUGGUAGUAAACAGGAAAGCCCCAUCAGCACCCCAGUUGCUCACUCGACCAGCAGAUCACCACGAGGAUCCAUCAGUGCUUCUUCCAUGAGUACAGAGCGUCGCAGGUCAGUAAAUGAUAUAUCAUUUAAUAUUCAGCCCCGCAAAUCAAUCACUGAGAUGACCCCCAAGAUGCAGAAACAGAUAGCAAAAUUCGAACAUUCUUAUCCUGAAGAAGAGAUUGGAGAAGCAGCCCAGAUUGGAGUGGAAACUAAUCGUCGAAACUCCAGGAAUAUAGAUGAUGUUUCUGAUUAUAGAAGACGAAGGUCGUCAACGAAAGACGAGGCUCUUGACCUGAUUCGCCGAAGGUCAUCAACGAGAGACGAAGCUCCAGAUCUGAACAGACGAAGGUCAUCAACCAGGGAUGAAAUUCUUGAUCUUAAUCGACGAAGAUCAUCAAACAGAGACGAGACACUUGAUCCUCACCAACGAAGAUCAUUGACUAGAGACGAGCUUCUUGAGCCUAACCGACGGAGGUCAUCAACGAGAGAUGAAGCUAUAGAUCUUAACCAACAAAGGCCAUUAACUAGAGAUGAAGUCCUUUACCUAAAUCGACGAAAAUCAUCGACCAGAGACGAAAUUCUUGACCAUAACCAACGAAGGUCAUCAGUGAGAGACCAAGUUCCUGACCCUACUCGGAUGUCAUCAACAAGAGAUGAACUUGAUUCGAAUAGAAGAAAAUUAUCAAUGGAUGACGAAAGUGCUUAUUUGCAUCGACGCAAGUCAUCAAUCAGAGAUGACAUUGUUGAUGAGGAUGGUGCAAGGAUAUCAACUGAAAGGAGAAAAUCGUCAACAAGGGAUGAUGUUCUGCUCCAUGGUCAUCGAAAGUCCUCAGCUGGAGGUGACAUUGUCUAUAUUGAUCAGAGGAGACUUUCAUCAAAGGAAAACUUACCAGGCAUGGAACGCCGACCUUCGCUUAAAGAAAAGGUGAUUACUAUUGAAAAGAACUGGAUAAUCAGUGAAAACAUUGAUGCUCUUGAACGUCAUUUGUCAAACCAAGAUCAUGAAAUUGAGCCUGAAUUAGAGGGUGAGGUGUCUGAGAGUCAUGAGGUACCUGUAAUACAAGUGCGAAGAUUCAGUGAUCUAGUUGAUGAAGAUGACACUAAUGUAGAUGACGAGGAAUUAGAAGAACAGUUCCGUAAGUCUAUGACACCGUAUUUGAAGUACCGCAAAUCAGUUUCAGAUCUAGAACCUUAUCUUCAACAUCAGGAAGAAAUAACGAAAAUGACACCUGAGAUAAAAACAUUAAUGGAAGUAAACGAAAUGAGUUCAGAAAAUGAAUUCAGAGAAUCUGUAAACAUUAGAUCUCCAGCUCUUCUGUCUGAAAAUCUCUCAGAAAAUAAAAGUCACCAUGAAACAACUGAUGAUUCAAAGCUCAAUGAAGAAACACUGAAUUAUUUGGUUCGACGGUUCAGUAGUCAGCCAAUACCUGACCAUAAGUCUCUGCAACCUGACAGUAUUUCCUGGGAUGGUGAUCACUCUCACGAUAUUUUGCCAGAUACCAGAGAGUAUGAUAACAAUGUGCUUAAACCAGAAAUGACACCACCACGUAGGUCUUCAAUAGUUCUAGAGGAAAGGUGGUCCAAAAGAAAUUCACAGGCAGAACAAAGUUCUCCAUUUAAGGAGCCUACAGAAAACCUUGAAAGGUCAUUAUCCGUAGAUGCUUCACCUCAUACUGAAGGUAACUUGCUUACUGCAGGUUCGUCAGUAGGGCAGGAAACCCGCUCCCCUAAGGAUUCGUACGCAGAGCAGGGUGCCCGCUCAAUGAGGGGUUCAUCAACAGGACUAGAAUCCCGUUCACCAAGAGAGUCUUACUUGUCACCAGAUCAGCUAGAAGUACCAAUAAGGGAGGACCAAAGACGAAAAUCACUAACUACCACGUUCUUUGAUUUUGUUGUACGUCGGCUCAGUGCACAAGUGGAUGAGGGGAUUGAUAUCAUGCCACAAGAAAAUGAUAAUGAAGACAGUGAAAAAGAAGAACAGAAGGAUGAAACGAAAGAUGUGAGGAUGAAGGAUCAUAUAGAUGAGUAUGAAGGAGAGGAGCAAGAUGGGGAUCACUGGAUGGAACCUGAAGUAGAAAAACAAAAAUCAAGUGAAACCUCAGAAGAUGAACAUGACAGCCAAAGAACACAAGCUGAUGAAUCAUCAAGAUACAGGUCAACAGAAUUCGAGAAACAUUUACCAAGAGGCUCAUCAGCAGGACUUGAGACACGUUCACUUAGGAGCUCAUCAGCAGGACUUGAGGCACAUUCACCUAGGGGUUCAUCAACAGGACUUGAAGCACGUUCACCUAGUGGCUUCUCAACAGGACUUGAAGCACGUUCACCUAGUGGCUUCUCAACAGGACUUGAAGCACGUUCACCUAGGGGCUCGUCAGCAGGACUUGAAGCACGUUCACCUAGAGGCUCGUCAGCAGGACUUGAAGCACGUUCACAUAGGGGCUCAUCAGCAGGACUUGAAGCACAUUCACCUAGAGGGUCAUCAGCAGGACUUGAAAAACACUCACCUAGGGGCUCAUCAGCAGGACUUGAGGCACAUUCACCAAGAGGCUCAUCAGCAGGACUUGAAGCACGUUUAUCUAGGGGCUUGUCAGCAGGACUUGAAGCACGUUCAACAAAAGGCCCGUCAGAGGGACUGCAAGAGCGUUCAUCAAGAAGCUCAUCAGCAGCACUGGAGACUCGUUCACCAAGGGGCUCGUCAGCAGGACUGGAGCCCAGUUCACCAAAGGGUUCAUCACCAGGAUUUGAAACACAGUCACCUAGGGGCUCGUCAGCAGGGCUUGAAGCAGGUGCAAUAGAACUGGAAAUCCGCUCACCAAGGGACUCAUCAGUAGAACUGGAGGCCAGCUCACCAAGGGGCUCAUCUGCAGGACUGGAGACCCAUCCACCAAGAAGCUCAUCAGCAGGAUUGGAGACUCAUUCACCAAGGGGCUCAUCAGCAGGAUUGGAGACUCAUUCACCAAGGGACUCAUUAGCAGGAUUGGAGACUCGUUCACCAAGGGGCUCAUCAGCAAGACUGGAGACUCAUUCACCAAGGGGUUCAUCAGCAGGAAUGGAGAACCGCUCACCAAGAGGCUCAUCAGCAGGAAUGGAGGUCUACUCACCGAGCGGCUCAUCAGCAGGAUUGGAGACCCGCUCACCAAGGGGUUCAUCAGUAGGACAGGAGACCCGUUCACCAAGGGGCUCAUCAGCAGGAUUGGAGACCCAUUCUCCAAGGGGCUCAUCAGCAGGGCUGGAGACUCGUUCACCAAGGGGUUCGUCAGCAGGAUUGGAGACUCGUUCACCAAGGGGUUCAUCAGCAGAACUGGAGACCCAUUCACCAAGGGGUUCAUCAGCAGGAUUGGAGACCCGUUCACAAAGGGGUUCAUCAACAGGAUUGGAAACUCGGUCCCCAAGGGGCUCAUCAGUAGGAAUGGAGACUCGUUCACCAAGGGGUUCGUCAGCAGGAUUGGAGACUCAUUCACCAAGGGGCUCAUCAGCAGGAUGGGAGACCCAUUCACCAAGGGGUUCGUCAGCAGGACUGGAGACUCAUUCACCAAGGGCCUCAUCCGCAGGACUGGAGACUCGUUCACCAAGGGGUUCAUCAGCAGGAAUGGAGAACCGCUCACCAAGAGGCUCAUCAGCAGGAAUGGAGGUCUACUCACUGAGGGGAUCAUCAGCAGGACUGGAGACCCGCUCACCAAGGGGUUCAUCAGUAGGACUGGAGACCCGUUCACCAAGGGGCUCAUCAGCAGGAUUGGAGACCCGUUCUCUAAGGGGCUCAUCAGCAGGGCUGGAGACUCGUUCACCAAGGGGCUCAUCAGUAGGACUGGAGACUCAUUCACCAAAGGGCUCAUCAACAGGACUGGAGACUCGCUCACCAAGGGGUUCAUCAGUAGGACUGGAGACCCACUCACCAAGGGGCUCAUCAGCAGGAUUGGAGACCCAUUCACAAAGGGGCUCAUCAGCAGGGCUGGAGACUCGUUCACCAAGGGCCUCAUCAGCAGGACUGGAGACUCAUUCACCAAAGGGUUCAUCAACAGGACUGGAGACCCGUUCACCAAGAAGCUCAUCAGCAGGACUGGAGACCCAUUCACAAAGGGGUUCAUCAGCAGGAUUGGAGACUCGGUCCCCAAGGGGCUCAUCAGUAGGACUGGAGACUCGUUCACCAAGGGGUUCGUCAGCAGGAUUGGAGACUCGUUCACCAAGGGGUUCAUCAGCAGGACUGGAGACCCAUUCACCAAGGGGUUCAUUAGCAGGACUGGAGACCCGUUCACAAAGGGGCUCAUCAGCAGGACUGGAGACUCAUUCCCCAAGGGGUUCAUCAGCAGGACUGGAGACUCGUUCACCAAGGGGUUCAUCAGCAGGAUUGGAGACUCAUUCACCAAGGGGCUCAUCAGUAGGACUGGAGACCCAUUCACCAAGGGACUCAUCAGCAAGACUGGAGACUCAUUCCCCAAGGGGCUCAUCAGCAAGACUGGAGACUCGUUCACCAAGGGGUUCAUCAGCAGGAUUGGAGACCCAUUCUCCAAGGGGUUCAUCAGCAGGAUUGGAGACUCGUUCACCAAGGGGCUCAUCAGCAGGACUGGAGACCCGUUCACCAAGGGGUUUGUCAGCAGUACUGCAGACUCGUUCACCACGAAGCUCGUCAGCAGGAAUGGAGGCUCUUUCACCAAGGGGUUCAUCAGCAGGAUUGGAGACUCGUUCACCAAGGGGCUCAUCAGCAGGACUGGAGACUUAUUCACCAAGGGGUUCAUCAACAGGAAUGGAGAACCGCUCACCAAGAGGCUCAUCAGCAGGACUGGAAGACCAUUCAUCAAGGCGCUCAUCAGGGCUGACAGAAAUUUACUCAUCUUCUCAAGGGAGAACAGAUGACUUGCUGUCCGUGCCACAAGAUAUACCUGUAAGCAGGGAGCCUCGAAAAUCCAUAGGCAUGGAAAUGUUCAAUUACUUGGUGCGUCGUUUCAGUGGAAUGGAGCCACCUCCUGAUGAUCUUGUUGAGAAAGGUUAUGACAAAGACAGUAAAGAUUCUGCAGCAAUUAAAGAAUUUUCAAAAACACCAUCCACUGAAAAUAUUGAAAGUAUGCAGGACAGUGUUUCAUCUCAUGAUGUACCGCAAUCCAUCUCUCUCAAUGAUGAAGAAAUGCAGGUCUCAGAUGAUUCUGAUACUGAUCUUGAAAUGACAUGGACUGUCAAUGAACCUAAGGACGAAGAAGAAAACCAAGAGGAUGAGAAGUAUUAUUCAGACAUGAGUGAGGGAGGAGAAAAGCUUCCUGAGGAAUGGCUGGAUUAUCAUGAACAAAGUCGAAGAUCAAGUGGAAAGUCAGAGGAUGGACUUAAUUCAAGGACAGGAAAAGUCUCUCAUGUCAUGGAAGCAACAGAUUCUCUCGGUACCUUGCAAGGAGAAUUAUUAGCCCAGUCGCCUACAGGCUCAUCAGCAGAGCAUGAGGCACGUUCACCUAGAGGUUCAUCAGCAGGGCUUGAGGCACUUUCACCUAGAGGUUCAUCAGCGGGGCUUGAGGCACGUUCACCUAGAGGCUCAUCAGCAGGACUUGAAGCACAUUCAUCUAGAGGUUCAUCACCAGAACUUGAGGCAGUUUCACCAAGGGGCUCAUCAGCAGGAUUCAAGACCCAUUCACCAAGGGGCUCAUCAGCAAGACUGGACACCCAUUCACCAAGGGACUCAUCAGCAGGACUGAAAGACCAUUCACCAAGGGGCUCAUCAGCAGAACUGGAGACCCAUUCACCAAGGGGUUCAUCAGCAGGACUGGAGACCCGUUCACAACGGGGUUUAUCAGCAGGAUUGGAGACUCGGUCCCCAAGGGGCUCAUCAGUAGGAAUGGAGACUCGUUCACCAAGGGGUUCGUCAGCAGGAUUGGAGACCCAUUCACCAAGGGGCUCAUCAGCAGGAUGGGAGACCCAUUCACCAAGGGGUUCGUCACCAGGAAUGGAGACUCGUUCACCAAGAGGCUCAUCAGCAGGAGUGGAGACUCGUUCACCAAGGGGCUCAUCAGCAGGAUUGGAGACUCGUUCACCAAGGGGCUCAUCACCAGGAAUGGAGACUCAUUCACCAAGGGAUUCAUCAGCAGGGAUGGAGAACAGCUCACCAAGAGGCUCAUUAGCAGGACUGGAGACUCAUUCAUCAAGGGAUUCAUCAGCUGGACUGGAGGACCAUUCACCAAGGAGCUCAUCAGGGCUGAUAGAAAUUUACUCAUCUUCUCAAGGGAGAAUAGAUGACUUGCUGUCCGUGCCACAAGAUAUACCUGUAAGCAGGGAGCCUCGAAAAUCCAUAGGCAUGGAAAUGUUCAAUUAUUUGGUGCGUCGUUUCAGUGGAAUGGAGCCACCUCCUGAUGAUCUUGUUGAGAAAGGUUAUGACAAAGACAGUAAAGAUUCUGCAGCAAUUAAAGAAUUUUCAAAAACACCAUCCACUGAAAAUAUUGAAAGUAUGCAGGACAGUGUUUCAUCUCAUGAUGUACCGCAAUCCAUCUCUCUCAAUGAUGAAGAAAUGCAGGUCUCAGAUGAUUCUGAUUCUGAUCUUGAAAUGACAUGGACUGUCAAUGAACCUAAGGACGAAGAAGAAAACCGAGAGGAUGAGAAGUAUUAUUCAGACAUGAGUGAGGGAGGAGAAAAGCUUCCUGAGGAAUGGCUGGAUUAUCAUGAACAAAGUCGAAGAUCAAGUGGAAAGUCAGAGGAUGGACUUAAUUCAAGGACAGGAAAAGUCUCUCAUGUCAUGGAAGCAACAGAUUCUCUUGGUACCUUGCAAGGAGAAUUAUUAGCCCAGUCGCCUACAGGCUCAUCAGCAGAGCAUGGGGCACGUUCACCUAGAGGUUCAUCAGCAGGGCUUGAGGCACUUUCACCUAGAGGUUCAUCAGCGGGGCUUGAGGCACGUUCACCUAGAGGCUCAUCAGCAGGACUUGAAGCACAUUCAUCUAGAGGUUCAUCACCAGGACUUGAGGCAGUUUCACCAAGGGGCUCAUCAGCAGGAUUCAAGACCCAUUCACCAAGGGGCUCAUCAGCAGGACUGGACACCCAUUCACCAAGGGACUCAUCAGCAGGACUGAAAGACCAUUUACCAAGGGGCUCAUCAGCAGAACUGGAGACCCAUACACCAAGGGGUUCAUCAGCCGGACUGGAGACCCGUUCACAAAGGGGUUCAUCAGCAGGAUUGGAGACUCGGUCCCCAAGGGGCUCAUCAGUAGGAAUGGAGACUCGUUCACCAAGGGGUUCGUCAGCAGGAUUGGAGACUCAUUCACCAAGGGGCUCAUCAGCAGGAUGGGAGACCCAUUCACCAAGGGGUUCGUCAGCAGGACUGGAGACUCGUUCCCCAAGGGGCUCAUCAGUAGGAAUGGAGACUCGUUCCCCAAGGGGUUCAUCAGCAGGACUGGAGACUCAUUCACCAAGGGCCUCAUCAGCAGGACUGGAGACUCUUUCACCAAGGGGUUCAUCAGCAGGACUGGAGACUCAUUCACCAAGGGGUUCAUCAGCAGGAAUGGAGAACCGCUCACCAAGAGGCUCAUCAGUAGGAAUGCAGGUCUACUCACUGAGGGGCUCAUCAGCAGGACUGGAGACCCGCUCACCAAGGGGUUCAUCAGUAGGACUGGAGACCCGUUCACCAAGGGGCUCAUCAGCAGGAUUGGAGACCCGUUCUCCAAGGGCCUCAUCAGCAGGGCUGGAGACUCGUUCACCAAGGGGCUCAUCAGUAGGACUGGAGACUCAUUCACCAAAGGGCUCAUCAACAGGACUGGAGACCCGCUCACCAAGGGGUUCAUCAGUAGGACUGGAGACCCACUCACCAAGGGGCUCAUCAGCAGGACUGGAGACCCAUUCACAAAGGGGUUCAUCAGCAGGAUUGGAGACUCGGUCCCCAAGGGGCUCAUCAGUAGGACUGGAGACUCGUUCACCAAGGGGUUCGUCAGCAGAAUUGGAGACUCGUUCACCAAGGGGUUCAUCAGCAGGACUGGAGACCCAUUCACCAAGGGGUUCAUUAGCAGGACUGGAGACCCGUUCACAAAGGGGCUCAUCAGCAGGACUGGAGACUCAUUCCCCAAGGGGUUCAUCAGCAGGACUGGAGACUCGUUCACCAAGGGGUUCAUCAGCAGGAUUGGAGACUCAUUCACCAAGGGGCUCAUCAGUAGGACUGGAGACCCAUUCACCAAGGUACUCAUCAGCAAGACUGGAGACUCAUUCCCCAAGGGGCUCAUCAGCAAGACUGGAGACUCGUUCACCAAGGGGUUCAUCAGCAGGAUUGGAGACCCAUUCUCCAAGGGGUUCAUCAGCAGGAUUGGAGACUCGUUCACCAAGGGGCUCAUCAGCAGGACUGGAGACCCGUUCACCAAGGGGUUUGUCAGCAGUACUGCAGACUCGUUCACCACGAAGCUCGUCAGCAGGAAUGGAGGCUCUUUCACCAAGGGGUUCAUCAGCAGGAUUGGAGACUCGUUCACCAAGGGGCUCAUCAACAGGACUGGAGACUUAUUCACCAAGGGGUUCAUCAACAGGAAUGGAGAACCGCUCACCAAGAGGCUCAUCAGCAGGACUGGAAGACCAUUCAUCAAGGCGCUCAUCAGGGCUGACAGAAAUUUACUCAUCUUCUCAAGGGAGAACAGAUGACUUGCUGUCCGUGCCACAAGAUAUACCUGUUUCAUCUCAUGAUGUACCGCAAUCCAUCUCUCUCAAUGAUGAAGAAAUGCAGGUCUCAGAUGAUUCUGAUUCUGAUCUUGAAAUGACAUGGACUGUCAAUGAACCUAAGAACGAAGAAGAAAACCAAGAGGAUGAGAAGUAUUAUUCAGACAUGAGUGAGGGAGGAGAAAAGCUUCCUGAGGAAUGGCUGGAUUAUCAUGAACAAAGUCGAAGAUCAAGUGGAAAGUCAGAGGAUGGACUUAAUUCAAGGACAGGAAAAGUCUCUCAUGUCAUGGAAGCAACAGAUUCUCUCGGUACCUUGCAAGGAGAAUUAUUAGCCCAGUCGCCUACAGGCUCAUCAGCAGAGCAUGAGGCACGUUCACCUAGAGGUUCAUCAGCAGGGCUUGAGGCACUUUCACCUAGAGGUUCAUCAGCGGGGCUUGAGGCACGUUCACCUAGAGGCUCAUCAGCAGGACUUGAAGCACAUUCAUCUAGAGGUUCAUCACCAGGACUUGAGGCAGCAGGAUUCAAGACCCAUUCACCAAGGGGCUCAUCAGCAGGACUGGACACCCAUUCACCAAGGGACUCAUCAGCAGGACUGAAAGACCAUUCACCAAGGGGCUCAUCAGCAGAACUGGAGACCCGCUCACGAAAAGGCUCAUCAGCAGGACUGGAGACUCGUUCACCAAGGGGCUCAUCAGCAGGAGUGGAGACUCAUUCACCAAAGGUCUCAUCAGCAGGAUUGGAGACUCGUUCACCAAGGGGCUCAUCAGCAGGAUUGGAGACUCGUUCACCAAGGGGCUCAUCAGCAGGAUUGGAGACUCGUUCACCAAGGGGCUCAUCACCAGGAUUGGAGACUCGUUCACCAAGGGGCUCAUCACCAGGAAUGGAGACUCGUUCACCAAGGGGCUCAUCAGCAGGAGUGGAGACUCAUUCACCAAGGGGCUCAUCAGCAGGAUUGGAGACUCGUUCACCAAGGGGCUCAUCAGCAGAAUUGGAGACUCGUUCACCAAGAGGCUCAUCAGCAGGAUUGGAGACUCGUUCACCAAGGGGCUCAUCACCAGGAAUGGAGACUCAUUCACCAAGGGGUUCAUCAGCAGGGAUGGAGAACAGCUCACCAAGAGGCUCAUUAGCAGGACUGGAGACUCAUUCAUCAAGGGAUUCAUCAGCUGGACUGGAGGACCAUUCACCAAGGCGCUCAUCAGGGCUGACAGAAAUUUACUCAUCUUCUCAGGGGAGAACAGAUGACUUGCUGUCCGUGCCACAAGAUAUACCUGUAAGCAGGGAGCCUCGAAAAUCCAUAGGCAUGGAAAUGUUCAAUUACUUGGUGCGUCGCUUCAGUGGAAUGGAGCCACCUCCUGAUGAUCUUGUUGAGAAAGGUAAUGACAAAGACAGUAAAGAUUCUGCAGCAGUUAAAGAAUUUUCAAAAACACCAUCUAUUGAAGAUACUGAAACUAUGCAAGAUAACAUCUUGUCUCCUAGUGAUGAAGAAAUACAAGUCUCAGAUGAAUCUGAUUCUGAUCUUGAAAUGACAUGGACUGUCAAUGAGCAGGAACAUGAAGAAUUUCCUUCAUCCACUAAUGAACUACAACAUUCUGUAAGUGAAGGUUCCAUAACAGAUGAUGGCAUGCCAUCUGAUCAUAGUGGAUCUCUCCUUUUAGAACAACCUAAACAAGAGAGGGAUGGACCCCUGAAGUCUAUUGGUUUAGGCUUAUUAAACACUUUGCGUCGAUUGAGUGAUGUUGGACAAGACACAAUAGAAGAAGAAAAAUCCCUAAAGGAUAACAGGACUAGUCCCUAUCUGCAGUCACCAAGGGGAUCUAUAGGUAGUUUUAAGUCCACACCUCAUAGUGGCAUUAAAUCAAAUGGAAAGCUCCGUAGAUCGAGUAUAGAAUCAGAAGGAAUGAAGACAGACUGUGAAGAACAAUCAAUAUCGGAUACUGAAGACUUUGAGGACAUGUGGGUCAUUAAGAAAAUCAAUGGAGUUGCUCCACCAGGAGUCACCAAUCUUACCUCAAAAAAAGAUAUGGAAGAAGAAGUGAUAACUGAAUAUUACCAACUGGAUCUUAAAACGGGAAAUUUGUAUUGCUAUGAGAUGCCAGACGUUUAUUCGGUUCUAUGUCACCAUUUCUUCACCACUUUGGGUGGGGAGGACUUCGAUGUGGUAGACUUGGAAUUGAACCCUGUUUCUCAGGAUACAGCGAAGACCAUCAACAUGGAAGACUCCCUACCACUUAAAUCUUUAGGGAGACAACUGAUGUUUUCUGUUAAUCACCUGGAACCAUCUAGAGGUUGGACUACAAUGGAAAGCUUCAGCCAGGGCAAGAAAAAAUCUGUUGAUGACGUAAAGGCCGUCACAUUUUGUGGCUGUGGCUUCCUAGGUGUGUACUUAGUGGGUGCAGCGACUUACAUGCAGCAGCAUACACCUAAGAUUCUGAGGGGGCGUCUGGGAGGCUCAUCUGUGGGGUCCCUGAUAGCCACUUGUCUUGCAUGUGACGUGCCUCUUGAGGUGGUGCGGAAGUCCAUCAUCGAGACAGCACAGGCAUCACGAGAAUACACUUUAGGAGCGUUCAAUCCUUUCUUCCCCCUUGAAGAACCGCUACUGAGAAGCUUGCUUGAGCUGCUCCCUGAAGAUGCCCACAUACGGGCUUCUGGCAGGCUGUACCUCUCCCUUACUCGUGCCACCACCCUGACCAAUGAGGUGGUAUCUCAAUAUGAGACACGCGACGAGCUGCUGCGGGCGGUGUUAUGCUGCUGUUUCUUGCCUGGGGUGUCUGGCUUCACUGUUCCUACUUUUCAAGGCCGCAAAUACAUAGAUGGUGGCAUGAGCAACAACAUACCUCUCAAAGGUCCCUUCACCAUCAGUGUCAACGCUUUUGCUGGAGGGUUUGACAUAUGUCCUGAGGAACCAAACACCUAUGGACCCACCUCGGCCUUCAAUCAGACAAUAGAGAUAUCUGCUGAUAAUUUUCGAAAGUUCUUUGAGGCGCUCUUACCGCCAGCUGAUCUUGACACUUAUUAUGCUCAAGGUUACGAUGAUGCAAAAAAAUAUUUUUCCAGUCAGUAGGAUUUACAUAUAAGGCUAGGUCAACACUGGCCGAUAAAGUCAGUGAGCAGAAGCUAAUAAAACUACUAAAGAAAUGCAGCUUUCGGGAAUAUUAAAUUCUUUCAUAGUGCACACAAAUUGUUUGAUGCUUUAUCAUUCCAAGCAGUAGGUUAAGGCCUUCCUUACAAAUAAAUGUACUACACUCUGCACGUUUUUGCAGUGAUGGAAGCUAACGUUUCAAUGUUACUUUAAUCAAGCAUACACAAGAAAAAUAUUUUGAAAAAGAGCUUGCUUGGUAUCUUUGUUGCUAGGCUUUCUAGAAUAUGAAGGAAAAGGAAGUUCUAAUAAACCCCGUAAUUAUUAUUUCACAUCAAGUUCUGCAACUUGGGACUGGACUUUCGCGUGCCAGUACUUUUCAGACGUUCAUGUACCAUUUUGAAAAAUAAAUAAAUUAAAAAAAAAAUAAAAUAAAAAUACUACUACUACUACUAUUACUUAUACUUUUCAGAUUAUUGCAAACAUGUUGAAAAUAAACUAUAAACACCCCUU